GCGUAGCUUUGUGUAGUGUGUAUACAGCCCUGCGUCCUGUCCUGCACAGCUGAAAUGUCACACUGCCAUCGCUAGGCCCAGCAGCUGAAGAGAAAGUGUGUGUGUGUUCAGGACUUCCCGGGGGCAGUUAAGAUAAGCAAGGCUGGCUGAGGAAGCAGCAAGCAGACGUAGUGUUAGAAGACGUCCUCACCUGCAACACACACACAACUGUUUGUGUCUCUAGGUGUUGUUGACCAGAGGUACAGCUACAGGCCUGUCCCUCAGCAGCACUAGUCAUGUCCUCUCUGCUGCGCUGUGUCUCCUGUUGCGGCUCCACUGUCACCUUGCUCCAGCAAGGUGUUCGCCACCACACACCUGGCCGACGGGCCUUCAGGACCUUCCCACAGCUCUGGAACUGUGAGCCUGCUAAAGGACGGCUGUAUAAGGACCUGGUGGUAGGAGUUCCUAAGGAGAUCUUUAAGAAUGAGCGUCGUGUGGCUGUGUCCCCUGCGGGGGUGGAGCUGCUCGUCAAACAGGGCUUCAACGUCCAGGUGGAGUCUGGAGCAGGAGACCACGCUAAGUUCUCUGACCAAAUGUACAUAAACGCUGGGGCCUCCAUCACAGACACUAACGGGGCCUUCGGAUCUGACCUGGUCCUCAAGGUGAGAGCUCCAGUGUUGAACGAGGCUACUGGCAAACAUGAGUCAGAGCUGCUGAAGCCUAAAUCCACCCUGGUGAGCUUCAUCUACCCAGCCCAGAAUCCUGAUCUCAUGGAGAAGCUGGCCCAGAGUCAGACCACAGUGCUGGCCAUGGAUCAGGUCCCGCGAGUCACCAUCGCACAGGGCUACGACGCACUCAGCUCCAUGGCUAACAUUGCAGGGUACAAGGCUGUUGUUCUGGCUGCUAACCACUUUGGCAGAUUCUUCACCGGCCAGAUCACAGCAGCAGGGAAAGUCCCCCCAGCCAAGGUCCUGGUCAUCGGAGGUGGAGUGGCUGGUUUGGCUGCAGCUGGAGCCGCCAAGUCUAUGGGAGCGAUCGUCAGAGGCUUUGAUACCCGACCAGCAGCUCUGGAACAGUUUAAGUCGUUUGGGGCGGAGCCUUUGGAGGUGCACAUUAAGGAGUCCGGGGAUGGUGUUGGAGGUUACGCCAAGGAGAUGUCCCCAGAGUUCAUUGCAGCUGAGAUGGAGUUGUUUGCCAAGCAGUGUAAAGACGUGGACAUCCUCAUCAGUACUGCUCUCAUCCCAGGGAAGCGAGCUCCCAUCCUGAUCAAGACAGAGAUGGUGGAGUCUAUGAAGGAUGGCUCUGUGGUGGUGGAUCUGGCUGCUGAGGCUGGAGGAAACAUUGAGACCACCAAGCCUGGAGAGCUGCACGUACACAAGGGUGUGACACACAUCGGCUUCACGGACCUGCCCAGCCGCAUGCCCACCCAGGCCAGCACCCUGUACUCCAACAACGUGCUCAAACUGCUCAAGGCCAUCAGCCCAGACAAAGACUACUUCCACUUUGAGCCCAAAGAAGAGUUUGAUCACGGGACACUGGACCACGUCAUCAGAGGAACCAUGGUCAUGCAGGAAGGCAAGAGCCUGUUCCCAUCCCCCCAACCUAAGACACAACCCCCGGCCGCUCCUGUCAAACAGAAAAGUGUAGCAGAGCUAGCGGCAGAGAAGGCAGCUGUGGUCUCACCUUUCCAGAAGACCUUGACCAACGCUGGUGUCUACACCGCAGGUCUCUCUACAUGUCUGGCGCUGGGCUUGGCGGCGCCCAACUCAGCCUUUACCCAGAUGGUCACUACUUUCGGCCUGGCCGGCAUCGUGGGGUACCACACGGUGUGGGGCGUCACCUCCGCCCUCCACUCACCCCUCAUGUCCGUCACCAAUGCCAUCUCAGGUCUGACUGCUGUGGGUGGUCUGGUCCUGAUGGGGGGAGGUCUCCACCCCUCCUCCUUCCCCGAGGGCCUGGCUCUGGCUGCAGCCUUCGUCUCCUCCAUCAACAUCGCAGGUGGGUUCAUGAUCACCCAGAGGAUGCUGGACAUGUUUAAACGUCCUACAGACCCUCCAGAGUACAACUACCUGUACGGUCUACCAAUAGGAGUCUUCAUAGGAGGUUACGGGGCCUCUGUGGCUGCUGGCUACCACAUCGAGCAGAUGAUGUACCUGGGGUCUGGUAUGUGCUGUGUGGGAGCAUUGGCAGGACUGUCUUCACAGGGCACUAGUCGUCUGGGUAAUGCCCUGGGCAUGAUGGGUGUAGCAGGGGGCAUCGCUGCCACCCUGGGCUCCCUGAAGCCCUCUCCUGAGCUGCUGGCACAGAUGAGUGCCGCCAUGGCCACCGGAGGAACCCUGGGUCUGACCAUUGCCAAGCGUAUUGAGAUCACCGAUCUCCCCCAGCUGGUAGCUGCCUUUCACAGCCUGGUGGGUCUGGCUGCAGUGCUGACCUGUGUGGCAGAGUACAUGAUCGAGUACCCUCACUUGGACGUACACCCUGCAGCCAACAUGGUGAAGACUGUGGCCUACCUCGGCACAUACAUCGGAGGGGUCACCUUCAGCGGGUCACUGGUGGCCUAUGGCAAGCUGCAAGGUGUUCUGAACUCCGCCCCGCUGAUGUUGCCGGGGCGUCACAUGAUGAACGCCGGUCUGAUGACGGCGUCUGUCGGUGGUAUGAUUCCCUUCAUGCUCAGUGCUGACUACGCUACUGGCAUGGGCUGUCUGGUUGGAGUGUCUGGCCUCUCCACCGUCAUGGGUGUAACCCUGACGAUGGCCAUCGGGGGCGCUGACAUGCCUGUGGUCAUCACUGUGCUCAAUUCCUACUCUGGUUGGGCGCUGUGUGCCGAGGGAUUCCUAUUGGACAACAACCUCAUGACCAUUGUAGGAGCUCUGAUUGGCUCGUCUGGUGCUAUCCUCUCCUACAUAAUGUGUGUGGCAAUGAACCGUUCCCUGCCCAACGUGAUCCUGGGAGGGUUCGGUACCAGCUCCACGGCGGGGGGGAAACCCAUGGAGAUCACAGGCACCCACACAGAGGUCAAUGUGGACCAGUCCAUCGAACUCAUCAAAGAGGCCAACAGCAUCAUCAUCACCCCAGGUUGGGGUCUGUGUGCGGCUAAGGCCCAGUACCCCAUUGCUGACAUGGUGAAGAUGCUGGUAGAGCAGGGCAAGUCUGUCAGGUUUGGUAUCCACCCUGUGGCAGGUCGUAUGCCAGGCCAGCUAAACGUGCUCCUGGCUGAGGCAGGUGUUCCAUACGACGUGGUUCUGGAGAUGGAUGAGAUCAAUGAGGACUUCAAAGAGACUGACCUGACGCUGGUGGUGGGUGCUAACGACACAGUGAACUCAGCAGCCCAGGAGGACCCCAACUCCAUCAUUGCUGGCAUGCCAGUCCUGGAGGUCUGGAAGUCCAAACAGGUGAUUGUGAUGAAGAGGACCAUGGGUGUGGGCUAUGCUGCAGUAGACAAUCCCAUCUUCUACAAGCCCAACACAUCCAUGCUGCUGGGAGACGCCAAGAAGACCUGUGACACACUACAAGCCAAGAUCAGAGAGGCCUACUACUAGAACAGAGAUGGACAGUACACACACACUCCCUAUCGGCUUUACGGAUGUAUUUAUUUGUCUUUAAUCCAGAUGCAGGUGUAUGGUUAAGAUUAGUAAACAACGUUGAAUAUUUUUACACUUAGUGGCUUGAUGAUUAUAGAGGUCCUCAGUACAUAUGAUUAUUGGAUGUUGAACCAAAGGUGUGGACACGACGAUUUAGAUUACAUUUAAAUUAACCCAUGCACUGCCUGCCCUGAUUUGUAAAUAAAAAUCUGUUUUGAAUGUGA